CCCUCUUCUCCCUCCCCGCGCUCCCGCUAAAGCCUUGGAGGUGGCAUGGGAAUCCCUCCCGGCAGCGCGAGUCGAGAGCAUCUCCCCUGUUGUCCCCCUGCUCCUCCAACCUUUGCUCUUUGUCUUUGUUUCGUCUCACCCUUCCUCCGGUAGCUCUCACUGCACUGGCCGCAGACUUCCUUUAGGUCAGCCCAGCUGCGGCUGCAACACAACUUGCAGCCAAGUCGCAAACACUGUUGUGCCACUGAGACUGCCCAAGAGGAGAGAAAUGCCAAACAGAGAUUGAUGGCCCACUCAGAAAUACAUAGAACCCAGACCCUGCUGUCAGUUGAACCCUCUUGAAAUGGACAAAGUCACUUAAGGUUUCCAUGUCUCGAAUCUCCGCUGCCCACUGAGGACACCACUGACCUGUCUUCUCCUGUGCACAGAGGUCUGCCAGUACAAAGCAGUCUGUAAAUGUCUGGCAGUCCGAGUCUCCAGGAAUGCCAGGGAAGUCUCUCCAGGAGAUCAGAGGAGGCAGGAGAUGGAGUUACAAACAUCGCGUCUGCAAGCUGAGUUGGAAGGAAGUUGAGAAAUGAGGAAGACCACACAAUUCUUAUUGGCUCGGAGCUGGCGUACAGCAGCAGCACCCUUUCCCUCACGGGAAAUAAAGUGCAUCCAUUAAAGUACACUUUGAUGUGUGAGUGCUGAUGGGGUUUGUAUCCUCCCAGGCAGUCUGCCCCCAUAAGGCUGUGGCUUUUUUGUACCUGCUGGCUGCUUGGCAGCCCCACCACGCACCGCUGGGUGCAGGGCGCUGCUGCCAUGAAGGACUUGGUUAAGCGUGUGGUGCUAAAGACUCACCCGUGCCAGGAGUGCGGCAAGUCCUUCAGCAAGAAGGGAAACCUGAAGAGACACCAGCGGAUCCACACGGCAGAGGAGCUCUUCACUUGCGGGGAGUGUGGGAGGCGGUUCACCACCCGGGGCCACCUCACGACCCACCAGAGCAUCCACACGGGAGAGAGGCCCUUCUGCUGUGGGGUGUGUGGGCGCUGCUUCCGCCUGGAGAUAUGCCUGGCCACCCACCAGAAGACACACGCCAAGGGUGGUCCCUACCUCUGCGCCCACUGCGGCAAGAGCCUGAGCACGAAGAUCUACUUCAAUAUCCACAUGCGGACACACACGGAGAACAGGCCAUUCGCCUGCACUGAGUGUGGGAAGAGCUUUGUGAAGAAGGGGACCCUCACUGCCCACAGGGAGAUCCACAAGCGGGAGAAGCCUUUCAAAUGCCCUGACUGCAGUAGGUGCUUUGGGCAAAGUGCCACACUGCUGGCCCACCAGAAGAUACACCUCCGUGGGGGGCCUUUCAUUUGUACUGAGUGUGGGAAGAGCUUAAGCACCAAGCGUUAUUUCAACGUUCACCAGAGGAACCAUGCUAAGCAAAAGCCACUUGAGGGAUACAUCAAUGGUGUGUCUCUCCAGGUCAUCCAGAUUAAGGAGGAGCCUGAUUUUGCCUUCCGAUCAGAGGAUAAUACAUUGGAGAAUACAUCCCAUGAAGGAGAUGCAGCCCAGGGGUGUAGUAUGCCUAGAAACCCAUCGAAUCCCAAAAGCCCUCCUUGGAAAAUUCAGAUGAAGGAGGAACCAGAACCAACCACUGAUGACACAGCAAACAUUACUGCAAUAGCCUGCCAGAAUCUUUACAUCAAGGAAGAGCCACCAGAAAACCCGGACUGUGGAACACAAUUUGAUCCAAAGAUCCCACUGGUGGCUUUACAGGGGAGACAGCUUAAAAAGGAAGAAGAUGCUGACAGGCAACGUGAACAGGAAAUCCCCAUCGCCAGUAACCAGGUGCUCCAUGUCAAGGAAGAACCACAGGAAAGCAUUGAGUUUGGAAUGCAUUAUGGGCAGAAGCCAAACCUCAGUGCUAUCCCGAGGAUCCAAGUUAAAGAGGAACGUGGUGUGGAGACCAACCACCAGGAAAGCCAGAGCCCAAAGAAGAAGUACUAUCGGCCCACCAAAGAGGGGAUGCUGGAGAACUGGGAGAAAUCCAUGUCCAAGAAGGAUCCCUUAGCAAAAGGAGCUCUUAAGGGUGAACGGACAUUCCCUUGUCCCGAGUGCGGGAAGAGUUUCAACCAGAAAUCUAACCUGACCAGACACAGGAAGAUCCACACGAGCGAGGGGCCGUACAAGUGCAGCGAGUGUGGGGAGAGCUUCCGCAUGAACCGCAAGCUGAUCCGCCACCAGCGAGCCCACAUGAGCGAGCCCUUCAAGUGCACCGAGUGUGGGAAGAGCUUCACCCAGCGGUCGAAUCUGGUUCGGCAUCAGAGGAUCCACACCAAGGAGGAGCCCUACCAGUGCCCUGAGUGCGAGAAGACCUUCAACCAGAAGGCCAACCUCUUCCGGCACCAAACAAUCCACAUCCGCAUGGGCCCUUGCAAGUGUACCAAGUGCGGGAAAUGCUUCCCUCAGAAGCGCCAUCUUAUUAAACACCAGCUGCUCCAUUCCCGAGGUGGGGCCUACAAGUGUGGGGUCUGCGGGAAGCGCUACCGGCUGAAGAAGUACCUGAGGAGGCAUCAGAAAAUCCACACACGGGAAGGAACUGCUCCUUGUGCAAAACAGGGGGAGGCCACAAGGACCGGCAGUGGACCCCACCACACUGAGCAGACAGCUCUGUUCCCUGUGAAGAGCGAAGAGGAGAGCUGAGUGGGUCUGAUGCCUGCUCAUGGAGGGAAAUUCCUUUGGGGAAGGGGAGGGAUGGAGACAAACUCUGACGUCCUUAUGUGUACAGUAUUUGGGGGGGGGAGGUCAACCUGAGGGGACAGUGAGGUUGAGGGGGCAGAGCACUGCUGGAAACUGGUCCUCUGCUGCUGUUUUCAGAGUACAACCCUCAGGGUAUCACCUGCUCACAGCUGUGAGAUGUGGCUGGAGAGCCAAGCCUCCCCAGAGCACUUGGAGAUGGAGGGAUAUGAGCUUGGCAUCCUUCAUAACAGUAUGCUUGUGUCUCUAAAGCCCGCCAAAGUUGUGGAUGUCAAGAUUGUCUUGUGUGGGCAAUGUAUAGCCAGGAGGACCAGGCAGGAUUUAUUUUUAUUACAUUAUUGUGUUUCUGAGAAAGCUGAAGAGAACCUCUCCCAUCUAUGCAAGGGUUUAAAGCAAGGGCCAACUCUUCUCCCUCAUGUAGCUCUGAUCCACACCUUGAUCCUGCUGGGCUGAUGAACCCUAGCCAACUGGGUGGUAGACAUUUAAGAGAAGCUACUGCCAGCCAGACCAGGGUUUUAAGCCCUGAAUCCCCCAAAGAGCUUAAGUCAGGUCCCUAAAAGUAAAUUAUGCAAAAUUGAUGACUGGUUUUCCAAAGUUAGCCCAGAGGCCAGCAGAUUGUAUUCAGGUUUGUGCCCCCACAACCCCACUGCGUGGAUGUAAAUGAGACUAACUUUUCUUAGCAUCGAGUUUCAUAUCUCUUGAUGAGCAGGUGGCUUUGCCACCACAUGUCCCGGAGGCAUCAGUGACUUCACCAGCUUGAGUGACACCAGUGCUGGUUCUCAGCCAGCUGCUUCCCUGCGUGUUACUGUGAAGCUCUUGGUAGGAUACUGAAUUUACUAGGCAUGAUUUAGGGAAUUCAAACCAAGCAGCAGGAAUAGCUGAAAUAGUCUUCAGACUUUACAGACUAGAGAACUGGAAACUAUUUCCCUGUUGUGAUGUUUUCCCUUCAUCUCCCUGGUGUAAAAGAAAUUGUGCAGCUACUCAAAAGCAUGGACAGUUCAGCAGUCUUUAUUGCUCACUGCUAAUGAUUUUGUUUGAGUGUUCCCUAGUCAGAUGGAUCUUUGUGUCUUAAAAGUCCGUGGUGAAACAGACAUGUGGAGGCAAUCCACAGUUGCCCUGAGUUCCCCAAGAUUUCUCUGUAGCACUCCUACGUGGUGUCCUGGACCAUAUCAGGGUUCAUUGUGUUGCUGUAACACUUAGAGUCCGAGAGGCAAAUGGAAAAGUGUUCCACGGUGAAACAGUAAUUCUACCUCUCUGGUUUUGUGCGAGAAAAGAACCCCGUCACCAAGGCACACACCACCUCCUUCUCCCAGGACAUGUUGCAGAUGGCAUCCUCUUAGAGGCAGCUGAAAGUCAUGCAGCAGGACUUUGGGCAACUACCUGCUGUGGCACUUCAGACCCAAGCUGCUUGUUGUCUGUACUGCCUGCUCUGGAGCAGCUGUCUCUCUAGGCAGGGAAACUGAGGCAUGGAGAGAAGGAAAGGAGCAGGACGAACUGUUCUUGAGCUUUGUCUUUACCAGCUACUUUGACAUCAUUGUGUUGAGGUGCUUUGUUGUGAUGAUUCAAGCACAACACUGAGCACAGCUGCCAAAUCCCGAAGGCACAGAUUAAUUUUGUUGUUUAGACUCCCUCAGCCUUUGGUAUAGUCAGGCUCAGGAUAUGAUUUCAAACAGCAAAGCAAGCUCUGAUGGCUAGCUACUGAAGGAGCCUACCUCAGUCCCCUAACCUAUAAACUGUAGCCAAAUUGGUUGAUACGAAACUUCCCCUCAAAUCCCUCUGAUCUGGUGGAGAUUAAUUUCUGGGACAGAGAAGGCAGACAUAUAGGCAAAACCAACAAGCUUAGGAUGUUCGAGGGGAGACUAAGGAACACUUUUGUUAGAAAAAUGGGUCUGGACUAUAUGGUGGGUAGAUACUUCACUGUAGGACUGGGAAACUAUGUUCCUUGGGAGGAAUAUGGUUGAGCAAACUUGCAAAACCAAACAGCCUCUGUUGGGCUGGCUGAGGGGCAGAGGUACAGCAGAGCCCUUCAGUGGGGAGAAAAUAGUCACCAGAUGGUUGGAAUUUAUUUUCUUUUCCUUAGCUUAGCAUAGAGCUGUAGAGAUUUUUACCAGGAAGAGGAACUGGUAUGAGAGGUUUGCCAGUUGUACUAUUGUGUCCUGGCACAUAGUCAGGGAGCUGAGCCAAUGUCAGUAUCUUUCCUGGACAUCACUGGAUCUUCCACUGCUGACCAUGGCCAGUGUGGGUGUCCUAGCUUCUGGGGAAAAACAGGGCUGAUAGUUUGUAAUAACUCCUCAAUAAAGUAAGUAUUUAAAGAGAAAAGGAAA